AUGGAUCUCGACAUCCGCAUUCCGCUCGAGCCUAACUUCCUCCCAAACACUAUCGCCGAAAUCGUCGCGACCGGAGGCAUCAGAUACAGCGACUUCCUCACGGACUCUGAGACCGAAUGGACGGUAACUACCCAGUACUCAUUCCCUCUCAGGCAUACCCUGGCGACUGUGCCUUCUGCAUGGGCCGCCUGGACUCGAGCUCGAACGACUGUCGCGAUUCGGUCUGGAGCUACCUGGGCCGUGGCGAACCCAACAUCCAAGACCAGUAUAUCAUUACCACUCCGCCCUGCAGCCACCACUUCCACGCCGGUUGUUUUCACGAGGCGACGCAACAGGGUAGCGGUAUCAACAAAUCUCCAAAAGGCACGGAAUGUCAACUUCGCGAUCACGCGCAUGAUGAAUGGCGAGUUCUCCUUGCCAUCCACUCGCAGCAUCCGAUUGCAGUCGUACGAUCUCAGCGAGAGCUUGGUCAUUGCGGCAUACGCCCUGCGGACUAGAAUUUCGACGUACAAUGCACCUGAGAAUGGCGCUGACAAUCUACAGAUCACCCAGCACGGCCCUACCGUGCUCACCGCCAUUAUCAGUCUCGCCCGAGCAAGUGACGGAGCGAGAGUUGAUGUGCACGGCUUCCUCACCCAGCUCUCAGCCCGUGCGACCCGUGUGACGUACGGCAUCUAUACCAAGCGUCCCGGUCGAGAUCCUCCCGCACAAGCCAUUACCCUGCAGAGCUUCGCUAGUGAGGGCGGAAGGGAAGGCAGGGGAGGAGGCGCAAAUGCUCAGGUGUCAGACGCUGGCUUUCGCAGAGCUGUGAUAUGCGAUGCUGUCACAGUUCGCAUUGGGGAGAUGGAUGCAGCUACGAGAGUCUGA